AUGAAUUUAUUGGAGGGACCUCUGGGCUCUCUGGAGACUGCCAAAAAUUCGAUAAAAAGAGAAUCUAUUGAUUUGGGUAAACCUGACGAAUUGUUAGCCUACGAGCAAUGGGAGAGCCCUGCCGAAUUUACUAAUUCCAAUACGAGUAGUAUCUAUUCUAACAUGAGCAUAGAAGAAAAAAUGGCAUUCAACAAAAAACGCAGACGUCAGAUAUUCGAGGAAACUCAAGAAUUAAGAACAAGCAUAAACCCUCUCGAAUUCGAGUCAUACAAGGACUAUUUCGUACUGAAGAAAUUUAAGAAAGGUGUUUCGGUCAGUGGUAGAGUAGGAAUCGGCGAGAACCGGACCAGAAGUACCGGUGUGUACUACGAAAAAAUUACUAGAACUGGUGACAACGGUUCUAACGACGACGAUGAUUCUUCACAAAACAGCGAAGGAGGCAGAAAAGAGAAAAGUCGUCAUAUGCAUGCACAAAGCUCCAUUGUUAAGCAGGAGCUUUCAGAUUCAGAUUCUUUUCCGAAAUCUUCACCAGCGCCCCAAUCAGCGACUAACAACAAUUCGAAUUUUUUUGACACCAGCAUAUCAACCAGCAGCAUCAUACCUGCAAAUAGCACCGACGCCAAUGUACGUAGGUCUUCACGUUUGUCUUUGAGAGAGCGCGAGAUCCUUGAAAAAAAGGCAAUUCGGCUUCAGGAAGCAGGCUUCGAGGAAGAGAACCCUAGAAUCGUGGAUCUUUACGAGUCAAUUAUACCAAAAAUCAUCAGCCCGGUAAGAAGGUCCGACUGGCUUCUACCGAACAAAGAACAAUUCAUUCCAGAGAAAUUUGCUCCCAUUAAGCAUGCACCGGAGCAAAUCAAGAUAAAUGACUUAAUUCACAAUAGUAAGUUACGCAGGAUUAUGAAACGCUUCAAGGGCGGUCUAGCAGGCGUUAGGAAGAAAGAUUGGGAUUAUGGCAACGAAUCGAGCCGAACGUACAGCAACUAG